AUGGCAGAGGACAUGGUUGUCAUAGGUGCCGGCUGGUUCGGCUUGGCUGCAGCUAAAACAUAUGUUGAACUUCAUCCCACCGAGAAUGUCGUCGUCUUGGAAGCUGAGAGCAGUUGCGGUGGAACAUGGUCUGAGAAUCGGCUUUACGCAGGUCUAAAGUCUAACGAUCUCCACGGUUCAUAUGAGUACCCAGAUUUUCCCAUGGUGCCAGAGAACUAUGGGAUCACUCACGAUGACCACAUUCCCGGCAAGGUACUUCAUCGAUACCUCACCGAUUUUGCCAAAAAGUUCGGAGUCUUCUCAAGGACUCGCUUCAAUACUAGGGUCCAAUCUCUGGAACCGUCUUCGGAUGGCGGUUGGACCAUAGAGACUGAGUGCAACGAAAAGAAGCAGAAGAUCCGUACGAACAAAGUCAUCGUUGCAACAGGGUUGACGUCCCAGCCCAACUUCCCUGUAUAUCCCGGGGCAGAGAUCUUUAGAGCACCUUACUUUCACGCGAAGGAGUUCUGUCGGCAGGGUGACACGAUCUCAACUUCGAAGCGAGCGGUCGUUGUUGGAGGCGCAAAGUCCGCCAUGGAUGUUGCAUAUGCUUAUGCCGACAAAGGGGUCGAGGUCGACAUGGUCAUCAGACCUUCUGGAAAUGGGCCCGUAUGGAUCUCGUAUCCUUAUGUCAUGGGCGGGAAAAGGUUAGAGUCUCUGCUCCACGUCAGGUGGAUGAGCUUCUUUUCUCCCUGUCCAUGGGGCGGUCAAGGCGGGUUUGAAUGGGCUAGAAGGUUCUUGCAUGGAACAGCCAUUGGUCGUUUUAUCGUCGACAAGUUUUGGGGCGGCCUUGGAGGUGAAGUGGUAACAGCCAWUGGCUAUKACUCGAAUCCCGAACUGCAAAAGUUGAAGCCAUGGAAUCCGGCCUUCUGGAUCGGUUCAGGACUUUCUAUCCACAACUAUGAUCGCGACUUGUUCGACAUGAUCAGGCGGAAGGAGAUUAGAAUCCACAACGCGGAUGUGGAACGGCUCACAGACCACACGGUGCAUCUCACCGACGGAACGGAGCUCAAAGCAGACGUUCUCGUUUGCUCCACCGGAUGGAGGAAAGAGCCAUCGAUUCGCUUCUUGAACUUUGGCACUGCAGGUAUCGGUCUCACUCAGACACCAUCCGAGCAAAAGGAUCUCGCAACGCAGUAUGAUUCCGAGAUUCUCUCCCGCUACCCACGCCUCAAAAACCAGCCGCCUCUCAACUUCAAGCCCAAAGCAGAUCCGUUUCGGCUGUAUAGGUUCAUGGUGCCUCCAGCGCGUAUCAAUGAUCGCAACAUCGCGUUUGCAGGAAUGGUAAGCUCGGUAUCGACGUCGAYAUGUGCCAGCGUUCAAGCGUUGUGGAUAACGGCGUUUCUAGACGGACGUCUGGAUAGACUUGCCGGUUCAAAGGAGGAGGUCACUCGAGAGGUUAUGCUUCACACUCAAUGGGGCAAAUGGAGACAUCCGAUUGGAUAUGGGGCAUCGCUUCCAGAUUUCGCCUUUGAUGCCGUGCCAUAUGUGGACUUGAUGGUAAAUGAUCUUGGGUUGAAAGCGAACCGAAAGGAAGGAUGGUGGAAGGAUUUGACGGAACCGUACGGUCCGCCAGAUUACAAGGGGCUGGUCGAUCAGUGGGUGAUGAAAACGGGGACCACCAAGGCAUGA